AUGGCGCCCCAGCCACUGCUAUGUCGCUGUGAUUGCAAUAAAUGCCGCAAGCAUCCUGCAGGAUUUCAAUGGCAGACGAAGAAACUUGCAGCGCAGCACGUCAAGCUUUAUCCUGUUCGUUGGACCAGCCAGAAUGCCGCACUGAACCGCCUUCGACGGAGUAUGUCCCGAAAUCGUGCUCAACCACCUGUAGAUCCCACCAUACUUUGUCGUGAAUCCCACAGACUUCGACUUCAGCGAACCCGUUCAAUUAGGUCUGGCCAGCACUGCAAUGGCUCCAACCCAGCAGCUAGGCAACAGCGCUCUCAAUCAAACUCAAUUCCACGGUGGGAGGACUUUCCAGCGCAUCCCCCUUCUCCAGAACAUUCCCCAGAGCCCGAAGGACCCUUUGGACCAGUUAAUCCACCCGAAAUACAGGAUUUGAAUGCGCCCAUGGACGAUCUACCAACAUACCGACCCCCUGCAUUCCAAGAGGCUGCUUGCGUCCGUCUGGCCUAUAUGCAAGCAGUAAUCGGCAAUGUCUACAAUGGUCUGACAAUCCAGCAGGCUACAGACCAACUUGUCUCUACUCUGGAUGCCCUCGAAGUUGCUGGAGCUCUUCCCGAAAUCCCCCGGCCACUACAAACAUCUGACGGUGCUAAACGUCGGCUCAGUAUCGACCCAGAUCUUUGGAUAACCCAGUACGCUAUUUGCCCCCACUGCUGGAAGCAUUUCAGCCCAACGGCUCUACGCGAGCUGGAGACUCCCGAAUGCCGAGUUGGAAAUUGUACUGGACUCAUUUACGAGGACAUCACUGGAGCUAAAGGGGAGACAAGGCGUCGGCCUCUCAAGAUAAUCCCCCAGGUAUCUCUUAUUGAUAGUCUUCGCCGAAUGUUCCUUCACCCAGGUUUUGCCAGAUCGAUACGAGAUAGCCGAGGCGAGCCAGAGUGCCUGAACGAUAAUGAUGACUUUGUCAUGGAAGAUAUCCACCACAGCGCUGCCUGGCAUGCGCAACAUGUCAACAUCACUCGGGAAGUGUAA